AUGGCCACCACCCCCCUCUCAACUACCGCGCCACCACCCGAAGUUAUCGACAAACAUGAACGGGCACGCGCGUACGAGAUCGCCGCAUAUCUCUCUGCCGCAUCGUUUCCGUUCCAGAUCCCAGAAGGGCCGCCCUCCGAUCCAGUCCCCAGCAGCGACAUAACCCUCAAUGCUCUCGUCCAGCAUGGCGUGCACAAGAUGGAUUGCGACCGCGCAUUCAUCUCCCUCAUUGAUAACCAAACCCAAUUCAUAUGCGCAGAGAUGACGAGACACCAGUCUCUUUCCAGCGCAGAUCCGACCGAUCCGCUGUUGCUGGGUACUUCUCGAAUCCCCCUCGAUUGGGGAGUAUGUCCUCACACCAUGUCCAUCUUCCAUGGACGAGCGGUAUCUUUGCCGGAUAGUCCGUAUAUUGUUGCGGACAGGUCUUACUUUUAUAUAAAAGACUUUCGUCGGAUUCCCACUUUCGCAGAGCGUCCGUUUGUGGCUAGGCAUCCAUACAUGGUGUCUUACCUUGAGAUACCACUAUUUGCAAUGUCUGGACAUAUAUUGGGAAGCUAUUGCGUGGUGGACAACAAGGAAAGAGAUUUCCUCCAUCCAAAGUCGUUGAGUACUAUGCGGGAAGUCACUUCGGCCAUCAGUGCAUACUUAAACAUGAGACGCGUCGAAGCCUGUAAAUCGCGAGCAGCAAGCAUGAUGCAAGGUCUUCGCCGAUUCGUAGCUCCAGACGAGCGCGAUGCACGCAAUGUGGUUCCAAAAUCUGUUGCUCCUGAACGUCCCGAGGCUCAUACAGAUCCAUUCGAUCUUGAUGUCUUUAGUGCUACUACCCAAAGAGAAUUCAGUCCGCUAUCAUCUGGCAGUGCAACGACACGCGUCGCUGGUUCAGUGUACGAGCCGGCUUCCAUCGUUAUUUCUCCGCAAGACACUGAUUCGAGGAUGGACAAGCCUGACUUGUCCAUUCAAGUCGAAGAUCUCUUUGUAAGAGCUGCAAAUGACAUUGGCUAUGCCAUGGAUUUGGAUGGCCUUAUCUUCUUUGACACUGUUUCAGCCGGUAAACAUAGAGGUGGUCAGUCGAAAGAUAUAGAGACAUCAUCGUCUCCAAACGACUCCUUUGCGACACCGCUCUCCUGCUAUCAGAGAAGCACCGCAGUGGGCCAGCAAUCAAGUUUGGAGCUGUCGCAGUCCCUCAUCCAACGCUUAACUACAAGGUACACUCGAGGGCAUGUCUUCGCUGUAGACGAACACGGCGUUAUCCAACAUGGAGAUGGCAGCGAGCCAGACUACAGCCCCAAUUCUGUUGAGGAUAACGAAUGGACUGAUCUCUUCAAGUCUUUGCCAAAGACGCGAUAUGCGGUUUUCCUGCCGAUGUGGCAUUACCAAAGAGAAGCCUGCUAUGCUACAUGUCUAGCAUGGGUAUCUGACACUGGAAAAACCCUCGAUACUGGUGACGUCAAUUCUUUAACAGCUUUCGGAAACUCGCUCAUGGCCGAAGUCUUCCGAUUAGAAGCUUCGGCAAAUACUCUAUCCAAGUCGGACUUUGUUUCGACUAUCAGCCACGAGCUACGUAGUCCAUUGCAUGGCAUAUUAGCGAGUAUUGAGCUGAUCCAAGAAAACAUGCAGGGAUCAAGCUUGAUGCCGGAAAUUACUAUGAUCGAAUCAUGUGCCUUCACUCUUCUUGAUACCUUCGACCAUCUCUUAGAAUAUUCCAAGGUUAAUAGUCGUGUCGGCGUCGGGAAAGGUGGAGACCAUUCCAUUCGUUCUGGUCACCAUGUUCAUAAUGGUGCAGUGGCCGUCGACUUGGAGCGUUUGGUUGGAGAUGUCAUCGAGACGGUCUCAGUGGGCCAUGACCAUGCUUCGCGACUCGUAUCCGGACUCAAUAAAGAGCGCCAGGAUACAUUAGCUGAUUCGCGAGAAACGACUUCAGCUGAGCCUGUCGUCCUCACUACACACUUCGAGAGACACUGCGAUUGGACAGUAGCCGUUGAGAAGGGCGCCUGGAAACGAAUUCUGCUCAAUGUCGUUAGCAACGCGUUAAAGUAUACCAGGUCCGGUUACAUCCAUGUAGACUUGGAAUUUGUGGAGGCCGCAGAUGGAGUGCAAGCUGCAGACGGCAGACAGGCUCACAUCUGUCUGUCUGUGACAGAUACGGGAGUGGGUAUGAGUGAGGACUUUCUCAAAUAUCAUCUCUUCACGCCCUUCACGCAAGAGAAUAUAUUGAGCCCAGGAACUGGUCUAGGAUUGAGCCUAGUAAAAAGCAUUGUAGAGUCACUACAGGGCAACAUCUCAGUCUCCAGUCGUUUGGGAGAGGGCACGAAGAUUACCAUCAACAUCCCAACCAGCCAAAAGAUACAGAAGCCGAGCCUACCAAGCACGCAGGAAAGCCUUCUGCGUGGAAAGACGGUCGGUCUGCUCAGUCUGUCCUCGCAUCGGGAUUCAAGCAAUAAAUCUUCCCCAUGCAUCGUUUCGCCACCCAAAGCACUUGAGCGUUCUAUUCGCAAUAUUUGUGAGGGCCGCUUUGGCAUGAGCGUCAUCAAUGUUUCGACAAGCGCACCUCCAACCAUGGAUAUAGUCCUCAUUGACACGCAUGCGCUGGACACGACGCAUGCUUACGAUUUGAAAACUCUGUUCCCUGUGUAUGCGGCAAGCGUCUGUCCAGUCGUGGUCGAACUGGGCAAUACCAAGGCUACACUUCACAAGAUCGGCACCUGGAGUUCCAUGCACACGAUGUUAAUUACAGGAAAGUCGCUCGGAUCUGCCAUAAUAUCAGCUCUGAAUGACGUGAACGCCAAUGGAACGGAAGCCCCAUUGCCACCUGCGGAAGUCGAACGCGAAGCCGAGACAGACCCAUCGGAGCAACUAGGUCAACACGAGACUUUUCAAAAAGCAGAUAUGUGCAUGGAGACGGUGGCACUUCCGCAUCGUAGCCUACCGUCGCAGAACAAGUCACUAUCCGACGCUGUGACACUUCCUGCCCCUCAGCCGCAAUCAUCAGCACAGCCAACUGUCCUUCUCAAGCCCAACCCUGCUUGUAGAUUUCACCGGCUACUCCUUGUGGAUGAUAACCCGAUAAACCUCAAAAUGUUAUGCGCCUUUGCUAAACGCCUUCAUGUCCCCUACUCCAGCGCUACUGAUGGCGCAGAAGCAGUACGUCUUUAUCAAACUGCUAUUGAACAACAAGGGCCACAAAUCACGUACGAUUGCAUUUUCAUGGACAUCAGCAUGCCAGUCAUGGACGGCUUUCAAGCCGUAUCCAAGAUUCGAAAACUCGAAGAUGAUUUGAUGGAAAAAAUCAUCCAGUCACAUUCCAACGACGCGUCUGAGCAAACUCUAGACGGCGCCACUUGGGACAACAGAGGUGCGCCACGAGCGUACAUCUUCGCGCUCACAGGUCUUGGUAGUGAGAAGGCGCGCAGACAAGCGAGGAGUAGCGGAUUUGAUGAGUUCUUACUCAAGCCGGUGAGAUUCAAGGACGUUUUACCGUUGUUAGCAUCGGUGCCGACACCAUGA